AUGCACCGUGGCCGUGCAAUGUCACGCUCGCAGCGCACGGCGCAGGCUCUGGAAGUGGAAGGCGGGCACGGCAGCGCGAGCGACACCGGGGGACGGCGUCGCGAAACGCACGAAGAAACCGCACCCUUGUCAGGCUCGCUGUCUGCACGCAACUCGACACGCGCGCCACGCCACGCCACGCCGCGCUCCCUUCCCGACUCCGGAGCGCAGCCUGCCUGCCUGCCUGCCUGCGCUGCGCCGCUGCCCACUGAACUCCUCUUCCCCUCUUCCGCGUCGGCUCCCUCCCCAUCUCCUUCCCGAUUUCGCGAGCCCCCGAAAUUCGAAUCGCCCGCGUCCCGAGCCCUCGCCCGCACGCCGCCGAUGCCCUCCAAGCGGCCGUCCCCGCACGCCAUGGACGAAGCCGCCGCUUCCGCAGCCGCCGCGCGCCUCCGCCCCUCCACCCCGCGCUCCAAGAAGCGCACCUCCCGCUCCAAGUCCCGCGGCCGCUCCUCCCGGGACCGCCGCCGCUCCUCCCCGAACCCUAACCCUAGCUCCCGCCGCGAGCGCGCCGCGGCCGCGGACCACGGCUCCGCCGGCGCCGCGCCCUCCCGCAAGAGCGACCGCAAGCCCAAGCCGCGCUCCUUCCCGGACUCCGCCACGCUCGCCACGGCCAUGGCCUCGGUCGCGGCCGCCGCCUCCGCCUCCGCCGCCGCCGCCGCGGCCCCGUCUGCCGGCGGCGGGGGCCGUGGCAGUGCGGGCGCCGUCCAGAAGCUCUGGACCGAGGCCGACGAGGUCGCGCUGCUCACGGGCGCGGUCGCCUUCAAGGACCGCACCGGCAUCGCGCCGCGCCUCCCGGACAUGGGCGAACUGUUCGAGUCCAUUAAGGACUCCCUCGCGCCGCACCUCGACCAGGCCAAGGUGUACUACAAGCUCAAGCGCCUCAAGAGCAAGUUCCAGCACUCGGUGCCGGGCGAAUCCAGCACCGCGCACGAGCACCGGCUGCGCGACCUGGGCGCGGCCCUUUGGGGCGCCGAGCUCGCGCGCCCUGAAGAGAACGCCAUCGCGGUGGCUGAGGAGGCCGACGAGGAUGACGCCGACGAGGGAAUCGUCGGCGGGGAUAGGGAGGGGGCCGUCAAGCUUCCUAUGGUCAAGGAGGUGCUUGGAGAGUACUGGAGGCUCAACGGGCAGACCAUGUCAGGUGUGUCGCUGGAGAAGGGGUUGGCGAUGCUUGGGCCACAGGAGGCUAGUGUGGCCGAGGUCAAAUGGAGGCGACAACUUGAGGCAGAUAUGCGCAUGCAGAUGCGCCGCCAUGAUCUGGAAAAGGAGGUCUAUGGCCUCCUCAUCGAUGCCAUCAAAGGCCUAGGGCCUUAGCUUGGAUGCAGUUGAUGGAGUACAUAGCUGGAUACAUAGGUGGGAUGUUAUUUUGUAGGCUGAUCAACCCGACCUCUUGGUUGCUGACUGACAGGCCUAACACGGUGUGAGGUGCUGUAGGGGUUUGCACGAAUCAGUCGUGUCAAUUUAUGUCUAGUUGUUGAACUAUUCAAUGAUUGUCUAAGUCGCUUAGGUCUGGAGAUGUUCAUUUUACUAAUCUAUCUUGAGAAGAAAGCUUGGUCUAUGAUCAGACAGCUUUCGUAUCAAUGCUACAUUUUCUGUAAAUCAUUCGCCAAGUAUUAUUGCGAUGAUGAUGCUGUGUUUCAGGUGUAGAAUCCAGUUUCCAGCGGUUCAGUUUCUCUUGAUAUGUUGUUGUCUUGACUCAGAUAUUUCGCUGCAUAGGUUACUAGAUUCUGUCUGGACAUAUAUAUGUAUGAUUUGCUCGGAGUGGUUAGCCCUCCACUUGUUAGUUGUUGCCGGCAUGGUACUCA